ACUAUAUAGUAUAUAUCCAACUUAAUUAUGGUAGAAGAAAGUGUAGAUCGAGUAGAAUCAGAUAAAACUAAUAGUGGUAGUAUAAUUCCUCGAAUUCCCUUACAAACAGGAGGAUUUGGAAUGUCUAUUAGUGGAGGUUAUAGACCAACCAUACGACCUCAAUUACCACCUAUAACUAAUAAUGUUAAUAAAAAGAGAAGAAAGAAACAAAGAAUCUUUGCUAAAGAUAUUGAAAAUUUAUUAUAUGCUAUGGGAGAUCGACCCACAAGUACUGAUAUGACUGUUCAAGCAUUAGAAGAUAUUUUAAUUGAAUAUUUAACUGAUAUUAGUUAUAAACUUGCGGGAUUUGCAAAGACUCAAAAUCGGACUCGAGUUAAACUUAAUGAUUUAAGUGUAGUAUUAAAGGAUGAUCCUGUUAAAUUAGCUAGACUUCAUUAUAUUAUGGAAACAAGUUAUAGAAUUGAAAGAGCUAAGAAAAUGUUUGAAGAUAAGGGAGGAGAUGAUGAUGAAGAUGAUGAUGAAGAUAAUGAUGAAGAUAUAGGAGAAGGAGAAGAAGAAACUAAUAAAGAAUCUGGUAGUAGUAAUGGAGCAGUUAAAAAGGAAAAGAGAAAGUAUACAAAGCGAACAGAUAAGGGUAGUAAAGCCAAGAAGAAGAGGAAAGUUACUGGGAAUGUAAUGUUUAAGAAUGAAGAUGAUGAUGAUAAUUAGUUAGUAGUAUAGUUAGUAGUAUAGUAAGUAGUAUUAUAAGCUUUAGUAUAAUUAUAAGUUAGUACUAUCAUUAGUAUACGCUAAUAGUAUAUAAGCAAUAAGUAUACAACUUAUUUGUAUUAGUUAUACCUCUACUAUAUUUCAAAUAUUUCAAAUAUUUCAAAUAUCUCUGACUUGUAGUUGCUAUAGUGAUCUGCACGUGACCCACGGCACAUUUUUUUCACCAGAGGCAAUGAAGGAUCAUAGUCGGAUGAAGUCAUAGUUAUA